AUGGGAGCGGCCCUGUGCGCACCUGACGAUGUCGCCUCGGCCCCGCAAUCCAUGGUGCACGCCUGCAGUUUUCCCCUCUGGGCGAUCAAGGUCCAGGACUUUCUGCGUCUCCGCGGGCUUCCGGAGCCCCACCACGUCUUGAGGGGACAGGGCAAACUCCGGGAAUGGUAUCCGGGCAUGUUCGCGAUUUUCGUGUCGCACCAGUGGCUCAGCUCCACCCACCCGGAUCCGCGUGGUGAGCAGAUGGAAGUGCUCCAAAGGCUGCUGCGCCGCAUGAUCGACGGAUCGCUGCAAGUUCACGAGGAUAUCAUCUCACGCACUGAGGAGCGAAGCUUGUCGUCCAAGACCCGGCAGCACAUUGCCGAUGGCUUCCUCUUCUUUGACUGGUUCGCCAUCCCUCAGAUCACGGCAAGGCAGCAGGGUGUCAACGAGGAUGCAACGAAGAGCGAUGCGGCUUUAGCAGUUCAGAGUAUUCCAGCUUACGUGGAGCUUUGCAACAUGUUCAUCGCCCUCGUCCCCGAGCUGCAGCACAAGGAUUCUGGCCAGCUGGUGAACUACGCGUCUUGGCUUUCCAGAGGGUGGUGCCGCGCAGAACUUUGGUGUCGGCUCUUGUCAAACAGGAGCGACACCAGCGUCGUGAUUGCGUACUCUGCCAUGGAAGCUGAGUUCAUGUUCCCGCUGGAUUGGCAGUACAAUAGCAUCGCCGAGGGCGAGUUCACCGUCGAAGCGGACAGGGCAGAGGUCGUUCGCUUGGGGGAGAUGGCAGUGGAGAGUAAAAUCCAGCACCUGCAGGCCAAAGGACCAUUGAGCCACUACCGCUUCUAUACCGCUCUGCGCCCCUCGCUUCUCUGCGAGCAAAGGAAGGAGCGCAGCAUCGCGGCCUUCUUGCGGCUGUUCCAUUUUGACAGCUGGGAGGAGGCCCUGCGGGACAGCAGCGGCAUGAACGCAGUGAUGUGUGCCGUGUUUUCCGGCGACAAGGCUAUGCUGCGGUUGUUAGCCGAGGGGCAGGCAGACAUGAACGUUGGACUCCAGGGCUUGGGUGAUUUGGGGUACUACGACACGCAGACGACGCUGAUGGUGGCAACGAAGUCGCGGCAGGAUGCUUCUGUCCUGGCGGCGCUGCUGGAGCUCCGCGCGAAUGUGAACGGCACCUCCAGGGCUGGAAUUACGGCCUUGUAUCUGAGCCGGACCCCGGAGCAUGUGAAAGUGCUCUUGGAGUACCGCGCAGAUAUGCCUCAUUACGUGUUGCGCGGUGCUGCCUCCUAUGCGAGUCCGCAGACGGUGCAGGCUCUCUUGAACGCCCGCUGUGAUGCCACGUGGCUAGAUGACGACACCGGGGCCAGUCCCCUCAACGGCUUGGCGCUCUUCGGGCGCAGCAACCCAGCGGCCGUUGAGACUGCCAAGCUCUUGUUGGAUCACCGCGCCAACGUCAAUGCAUGCGCCCGGCCGCUGAACAGCCAGGCAUGGGUACACCGACUAGCUCGUGCCCAAGUGGCCGUCUUCGGAUGGUCAAACUGCAAGAAGAUGCCCCGGCUGCUGGCCUCGCUUCCUGGCAUCGCUCCGCUGGGCUGCGCCGCCAUGGUCGGCCAUGAGCAGCUCACGAGGCUUUUCCUAGACUAUGGAGCCGAACAGAUCCCAAACGACCGGGGAGACUGGCCCGAGGAUCUGGCGAGGAUCAAUCACCACCACAACCUCCUGCCCUUGCUGGCCACUUUCUCCACUUGA